AUGAGGGUAGUACUUGUUGUUAAUCCAUUCCAUGUGAACACUGGGAAAUCUGUCUGGAAAAAACUUAGCUAUAUGUCAAGAAGAUGUUUUUACACAAAGUUUAUGAAGAACGAUGGAAUUCAGAAUCGACAUUACAUAGAUAGAAGAAGCUACUUCACUUCCCUAUACGACACGAAAAAUGAGAAAAAAAAAAUAAUGAACGAAAUAGAUGAUUUAUAUGACCACAUUUUAACAAGCAAUUGGAAUGAUUCAGUAAACCUUGUUUUGAACGUAUCAAUUUGGGAAGGAAUUUUAAAUUCCAUUGAAGAUAAAAUAAAACCAUUUGAACUGGAUGAAGAUAUAAUUCGUAAAAAAAAAGAACUAAAUGAGUUAUUUGAUAUAUUAUUCAUAUUAGAAGAUUUACGUGAUCAUGUAAAUGAAAUUCUCGAACAAUCAUCACGAGCAAGUGGUUUAGCAGGCACCUAUAUUUUCGCAUCUUUCAGAAUUGAAAAUAUGAAUGAACAUAUCGAAUUCUUGAAAAAACAAUAUGAUGAACUCAUCUUAAAAUACCCCUUGUACAAAUACCAAAUCGAUAUGGUCUUGGGGAAAGGCUUAGCUCUUCUGCGACAGAGAUACAAUUUUGAGUGGAAACACAUGCAUGAUUUUUUCUUUUAA